AUGGCUGCCAUCGAUUCCCAGCUCUCCGAUGGUGGCUGUUUCACAACAUCCACCUUGACGACUACAAGCACACCUCUCUCGAGCCACCCUCGUCGUCGGAGUUCCAUGGAAUCUGACAGGAUUCGUGGCUCCCGAGACCUCCAUUCGUGCAACGAGGAGCCUACUCGUCGGAAUUCGGCCUUUCUCGAAGUCGGCCUUGGCGGUGAAGACGCCAUUGUCGACUCUAAAUUAAGAAGGGACUCGCGGCCAAAACUUCAAGUGCGCUUUCGAAGCGACGUCGAUGUUGCCGAACCUGAAGCAAUUGACUGGGCUGAAUCCUCCCCAGGUGACAGAGCAACUCGUCCGCAAAUGUCUCCAUCCUUUCGAACAGUGCCCAGAUUACUUUUCUUAGCUCUGGUCCUCUUACUGGUCGUCCCAAGCUUGCACCAUUCUCCCCUGUUGGUCGCAGGGGCGAAUCCUCUGGACCGCAGAGCUGGAUCGCCGGUGGUGGGAUCGUGGCGACGUGUCAAGAGGAAAGUGCCCCCGGGAAAUACUAAGAGAGAGAACAGCCCGACGGUCGUUUGCAAGAGGUGGUCAGGGCAGAGCGCCCUCGUCAACGGGACGUUAUACUAUUAUGGAGGGAGAGCAACCACGAGUUCUGACCAGACCUCAAAUCAAUGGAACAAUGCUUUCCUAACCCUCGACCUAACAAAACCCUGGCAGAUUUCAUCACCGUCACUGACAGGCCUGCCAGUGCCGAGUGGACCGCCCGCAGUGUCGCUUGGCUAUUUGUGGAAUUCCUACGAUGCUCUGUAUCUCUACGGCGGCGAGUUUUCAGACACGCCCGUUGCGUCUCCUGUUCCGUUCUCCACUUGGGCAUAUGACAUCUCUUCAUCGACAUGGUCUGAGUUGUCGAGUCCGCAAACAAGUUCAGGGCGGAAUUCGGAGCCAGCAGGGCAACCGGUCCUGCGUGCUGCAGAAGGAGCUGGAAUCUCGGUGCCGAAUCUAGGCCGAGGUUUCUAUUUUGGAGGGCAUCUGGAUUUCUUGACCACGCCCGGGUGGUCAGAAUCGGUCGCGCGGGUCUAUCUUCGAGGCAUUCUCGAAUAUACCUAUCCCGGCUACAGCAACGCUGCGGUGAAUGGUGGACACACGGCAGGUUCACCGGGCAUAUAUCGCAAUAUCACCCAAGGUGGUACUCAGGAUUCAGCAGGCUUCCCAGAACGUGCAGAUGGCCUUCUUGUUUACAUUCCCGGAUAUGGAAGGUCAGGCAUCAUUCUGGGUCUCGCAGGCGGUACGAAUGCAACAUUCACCCAGAUGAAUGUGAUUGAUGUGUACGAUAUCGACUCCUCCACCUGGUACAAACAGGCCACGUCAGGACCCACGCCCGAUAUUCGAGUCAACCCAUGUGCUGUCGCGCUUUCCGCGGCUGAUGGGAGCUCCGUUCAAGUCUACAUGUACGGGGGUCAGAACCUGCUACCUUAUGGCGAACAAAAGCAGUACGACGAUAUAUGGAUUCUGACAGUGCCGUCUUUCACAUGGAUUCAAGUCGACACCAGCAAACAAGCAAAUCCUCCAGGCAGGGCUGGGCACAUGUGCAAUGUUUGGAAUGCGCAGAUGAUAGUUGUCGGUGGAUAUGUCGGUCAGGAUCUAUCGUGCGACAGCCCUGGAAUCUAUGUCUUUAACACCAGCUCCCUUCAGUGGCAAAGCGGAUAUGUUGCCUUACAGACGGAUGACAACCUCAACAGGCAGAAGAGCCAGCAAGACGAUCCUUCAGCGCUGCAAGGGUCAUUUGGAUACUCAGUCCCAGAAGAAGUGCAGUCUGUCAUUGGGGGGAAUGCUGUGGGAUCUGCUACUGUCUCUGCCCCAGCUCAGUCGGCCACUCAAGGUCCGUUGGCAACAGGAACACCACGCAUUUAUACAGUCACUCAAUCUGGCGGGUCUGUAGCUACCAAGACCGCGGCGCCUACCGGAACGAGUGGCGCUAAUGGCGAUGGCAUUGGCAGCAGCAGUGAAAACAAGGGGUCCUCGAGCGGAACCAAUAUUGGAGCCAUCGUCGCUGGUGUCAUUGCGGGAGUACUUGCUGUCGUGGCGGCCUAUCUCGCAUUCUGCGUCUGGCUCUAUCGCAAGCAGCUUAAGAUCUACAAAAACCAUGUGGCCAUGGCACAAAGACAGGAUCUGGCUGGUGAUCCCAGAUUCAUUGGCGCCGGGCUGGCGGGAGGUGCGAGGUACACCGACAAAAGUCAAUCGAGCGACAGCCGCCACAGCGCGGACAAUCGCAGUGGAAGCAGCGGCGGGCGCGCCAAUCAGUUGUCAAGCAACAAUCCUUAUCGAAACGUACCUGGAGGCGCUGGAUCAGCAACGGCGGCGAGUAGUACGGAAGACCUCAUGGCAGGUCAGGAGCCCAGUUUCUUGGGGGUGGUAUUAAACCCCAGACGAAGUCUGAGGGUGGUGAACAAAGACUGA